AAACUGCAUUGCAGGUUGCCUAUGAGCGCACGAUACAAAUAUACAAAACCAAACUUUUCAGAUGGCGCUAGCUCUCACCUGAUUCAAAUGAUGCGAUUAGGCCUUCUCCAUUCCACGACCUCUAACUCUCGCCCUCGCCAACAGGUGGCUACCGCCCGACAACAACAACCGGGCGGGGAGCACCAAGAAAGGGACGCGUGCGUUGGAGACGUUGAGGUUUGCCGAGGUGUUUUCGUGUCUUCUUUCGCAGCGGGUGUUCUUUUGGACAGUCCCAUCUUGUCAAGACAGGAGAAACCCUUCCACCGCCGGGGUUAGAGACCAGAGCCGUCAUUCUGUCGAGGCUUCUCCUCCCGCGUCUCUAUGAUCGAGACAGCGCAGCGGCGAUCAUCAGCAGCCACUGGAGGAUACAGAGAGCGCUCUGUUUCGCUUCAUGCCGUCGACGCCAACGGUGCUUCAGGACGUCGGGAUGACGACGACUGCUGACAAGAGCGGCGCGAGGAGUCUCCAACUGCCCGAUCAGCUGGCCGUCUUCAGGAACCUGAAGAACGCCAAGCGGUUCGCGAUCGACAUCGGGGGAUCUCUGACCAAGAUAGCCUACUACUCCACAGUGUCACAUAAGAGGGCCAUCUACAAUGCAGACUUUCAAAAAAAUGGGAGCGGCAGCGCAGGGCCGGAGCAGCGGGUGCCGAAGGAGGAGCAGCCAGCAGAGACGGACGUGGAGACGGCACGGCUGCACUUCGUCAAGUUUGAGACGCGGCACAUUGAGGCCUGGCUGCGCUUCGUCCAGGAGCGGCUGGUGGGGGUCCGCCAGAGGGCGCUGGUGGGCAACACGGUCAAGCUCACCGGGGGAGGGGCCUUCAAGCACAGGGACCUCAUCGCAAGCACCCUGGGGCUUGGCGUGGACAUGGAGGAUGAGAUGGAGUGCCUGAUCAAUGGCUGCAACUUCCUCCUGAAGAACAUCACGGACGAGGUGUUUGAGUACCACCGCCACGGCAACCCCGAGUACAAGUUCAACAACGUCGACCCCAAUGUCUUUCCUUACCUGCUCGUCAACAUCGGCUCGGGAGUGAGCAUCAUGAAGGUUGAGUCUGAGGACAAGUAUGAGCGGAUUGGAGGAUCGGCGACCGGAGGCGGUACCUUCUGGGGACUGGGGUCUCUCAUGACCAAAGCCAAGAGUUUUGACGAGUUGCUGAAGCUGGCAGAGGAUGGAGAUCACCGCAGCGUGGACAUGCUGGUGAAGGACAUCUAUGGGGGAAACUACAAUGCCAUGGGCCUCACUAGUGACCUCAUCGCAUGCAGCUUCGGCAAGACCAUACGCUUCACCAGUGACAAUGCUUUCUCUUCACGGGACUUCAGCGAGAGCGACAUAGCGCGGAGCCUGCUGUUCAUGAUCAGCAACGACAUUGGCCAGAUUGCCAGCCUGUAUGCGCUGAUGCACGGGCUGACCAGGGUCUACUUCGGCGGCUACUUCCUCAGGGGACAUCCGUUGAGCAUGCACACGGUCUCCUUCGCCAUCAACUACUGGAGCAAGGGCAAGGUGCGGGCCUCGUUCCUGAGGCACGAGGGAUACCUGGGCGCCAUCGGCGCAUUUCUCAAGGGGGCUGGAGAGUAUGACACGGAGAAGUACUCUUGGGGCGAAAACUAUGCGGGAAGCUCUGGCCUGCAGAGUCCCAUCCCAGCGCAGAUAUCGCAGCACAACAGCACCAUGAUUGACCAGCUGGAGAUGGACCGCUUUGACUGGCAGCUGGUGUACUGCCCGCUGCUCGAGGACCCCGCCAAGUACCUGGCGGAUACCGUGGAUCUGACGCAGGACGCAGAGGCUCGGACCUACUGGCUGCAGUGCUUCCAGGACGCCAUCGACAAGUUUGUGGAAGUGGCAGUGUGCAGCCAGCCUCACAAGGAGGACGCUCCAUCCCGUGCAAACCAGUUCAAGGAGAAGUACCUCUGUCGUCUGCAGCACUUGCACGAGCAUCCCUUCGCUUACGGUUCCCUGACAGUCAGGAGCCUGCUGGACAUGCGAGAGCACUGUCUGAUUGAGUUUGACUUCCCAGACCCUUACUUCCAGCAAAAGCGGCUGGAGAAUGAGGCCGCACUGGGUCGCCUGCGCGAGCGCCUGGACCAGCUGGACUCCCUGGGCUGGAGGGAGCGCCAGGAGGCCCUGGUGGAGGGCUUGCUGGCCGGCAACGUCUUUGACUGGGGCGCCAAGGAGGUGGCACUCCUGCUCGACGGGGGCACCUUUGGCUUCGCAGAGGCCAUGGGAAAGCUACAGGCACGUCCCUGGCUGCGGGACGACCUGGAGCCCUGGGUGCAGCGGCUGCGGGGAGAGCCCCACCGGUGCGCCGCCAUCUUUGUGGACAACAGCGGCAUGGACGUCGUCCUCGGGGUGCUGCCCUUCGCCAGGGAGCUCCUGCAGAGGGGAACCAAGGUCCUGCUGUGCGCCAACACUCGUCCGGCGCUGAACGACGUGACCUUUCAGGAGCUCCAGAUCCUAGUGCAGAGGGCGUCCGCAAUCUGCCCCCGCAUCGGAGACGCCCUUGGCCGGGGACAGCUGCUCGUGCUCGACUCUGGGCAGAGCUCGCCCUGCCUAGACCUUAGCCGCAUCAACCUAGAGGUGGCACAGAAGAUGCACCAGCUGCAGACGGACUUGCUGGUGCUGGAGGGCAUGGGGCGGGCGGUGCACACCAACCUGGAGGCCCGCUUCUCGUGCGAGUCAAUCAAGGCGGCCGUCAUCAAGAACCACUGGCUCGCGCAGCGGCUGGGCGGGGCCAUGUUCUCUGUCGUCUUCAAGUACGAGGCCCCCGAGCGCUGGACACAGGAGGCAAACAGAACUGUGGACAGUACUGCACAAUCUCACUGACAAUGGAAGCGAAUGUGUAAAGUCUCUUCCUUUUUGUGUGUGUGUUUUUUUUUAAAGUUUGCUCCAAGCAAAGCUUUUUUUUUGUCGUAGCCAAGCAGGGACGCUAAAAUUAUAAAUUUGUUUUCUUGCUUGCUUAAAAUUAGCUUGCAGGCCAAGAAGGAAGCCUUUGUAAAUAUGCUGUACAGAAUGCCUUGUUGUACAUAUGACCAGCAUUCAAACCACCAUGUGCAAGUUUAAUAAAUUGAGUAUGGUGUUAAUAAGA